CCAGAGACGCAGUGGAGCGUCUGAUCUAUGUACCUGGAGUGCGUUACGACCCCCAAGUCUUACUUGCCACUUACCUGAGGCGUAUUCCCAUUCCACUCAGGAAUGUCGGGUGAGGCAAACAUCAAUGUGCACAACUUUCCCUCGUUUAGCAAGAAGGCCCUAGACCUGGAAACAAAGAUAGGGCAUGGACCCCAACCCACGACGGAUGGAAGGAAGAAGGCACUGCCUCCCAACUGGAAUGCGAAGGGUUGCAUUAUGUUCGUCGACAACGAUGGUUCCACCGUUAAGUUAAAUGACGACUACCAGGAGGGAGUAGGUUCAGAGGCAGGUAGCAUAGAGGCUUUAGGGGGUGGAGCAGUUGCUGCCUCAGUUCAAAAAGGUAAGGCGAUCGGUAAACGUCGCGGAGGCUCCCGGUCUAGGAAUCAAGUUGACCCUAACGCUCCUCCAUGGGAGAAGGCGGGUCUCACUGAGGACGUGUGGAGAGACCGGAACACCCGGUGUGAGGCUGCUUUCAGACAUCUGAAGCAUGCGUUGACACACCAUGAGGUCUUAAAACUUCCUGAUCCUGACAAGCCGUUCAUAGUAACCACGGGUGCUGGUGCCGUGCUCGCGCAGCAGGAGGGGCCAAAGUUGAGGCCAGUCAAGUACACGUCCAAAACGAUGUCGUCUCAGAAGUUGGCUAAGUCCACUUAUGGGAAAGAGCUCUACGCGAUUUACAAGGCACUGACCCAUUGGAGACAUUACCUCCUUGGGAGGUUCUUCAUCGUCACGACUGAUCAUCAGACCCUGAAGUGGAUGAGAACCCAGCCAGUACUUUCUGAUGCCUUGAAGCGCUUGAUCGAAGUCAUGGAACAGUAUGACUUUGCACCCCAGUAUCUGAAGGGGGAGUACAAUAAAGUUGUUGAUGCCUUAUCACGUAGGCCUGAUUUCUCUGGUGGGUUGAUUACUGAGUUCGGGCUUGCGGACGAUGUAACCCGCUCUUUGGUGGAGACCUAUCGUGAGGAUCCGUUUAUGGCUAAAAUCAUACGCAGACUCGAGGCGAAGGACAAAGUGACUUCUGCGGAGUUUGCUAAACUGGAGGAGGUUGACGCCAAGGCAAGUGUCGCGGCAGCAGAGGAGGAGGAGCUUGUAAGGCUGCGGGCGGAAAAAGCAGCACUUGAAAAGGUUGUACGUGGUAAAGCCAAAGAAAGUGGUAGUGAGAAAAGAAAGAGAACAAUGGCUGCACCUAUGAUGCCARCACCUCAUGCGGGCGUCACUCCGAAGGACAAUGCUGCGAAGGCACGAUCGAAGGGAAGUACGAAGACAAGAACGCGAAGGGUUGAGAUCUCGUCUGACGAAGACGGCGACGAGGAUGGUGUCAAACAGAAUCUGGCGCAAAAACUGGAGAAGAGUAGUAACCUGUCUGAAGUGAAGAAGCUUCUGUCUGAACUCAUGCAAGGACUGGCUGGCCAGCGAAACAAGCAACGUGCGGAAUCCCCCGAGCCUGCUCCCGAGCCAGGCCCUGAGCUUGAAGACUCUGAGGAUGUCGACCUCACACAGAAGCCAUUCCAUGAGGAGGACGCUGACGAAGAUGGACUUGCUGCAUACAUGAAGAUGAGGCAAGACUUUUACAUGUCCCUGCACUUUUCUCGAGUCCAGGAGUUGUGCAAGCAAAAGGGUGUACAGUACGUUCGAAAGGAUACCGGGUCCUGGGAACUUGCCCGAUUGGAUCUGCAGGAGUAUGCAGACCAACUGAAGAACGCUGCCCCAAAUGAUGUUGCUGAACCAUCUCGGAAUCCGGAUAACAAAUAUCCGGGCGAUGCUGCUGAGAAUGGUGUUGUUAUCGGCAACUAGCAAAUUGGGAGUUUACGCUCCCUAAGAAAGGCCGUGAAUAGGAUUUCGAGGCUGAAAGAGUGUGGGGAUG